UCAGUAUUUGGGAGUUCACCCAAUCUUUUCUUUCCUCCAUCUUCAUCUUUUCCUGCUGCUCCAGCUCAUCAUCAGAAGAGGUCCCCUAGCCCUGCUCCGUCGCCCUGGGUGAGCGGGCAGGGGGGUGGCCCACAGUACCCCCCGACAUCUGGGCGUCAGCUGGCCGGCGGCGGCUGGUGAGGAGGGGGCAGGGCCUGUGCUGGGAAGAUGGCCGCCCUUGCCAGCUCCCUCAUACGGCAGCGUCGGGAGGUCAAGGACCCCCAGACCAACCGGCAGAUUGCCAGCAAGAGGAAGCCGUGUCCGAAAAGCAACAAGUCACUCUGCCAGAAACAAAUCCUUAUUUUAAUAUCGAAGGUUCGAUUAUGUGGCAGUCGAGGGAGAAAAAUGGAAAAAAGACCAGAGCCGCAGCUGAAGGGCAUCGUCACGCGGCUCUACUGCCGACACGGCUUCUACCUCCAAAUGCUGCCAGACGGAACCAUGGAAGGCACAAAGGACGAAAGCAGCUCCUUCUUGCAGUUCAACUUGAUUCCUGUGGGCCUCAGGAUAGUGGCCAUCCAGAGUACUAAGGCGGGGCUCUACGUGGCCAUGAACAGCGAGGGCUACCUCUACACUUCGGAACACUUUACACCAGAGUGCAAGUUCAAAGAGAGUGUGUUUGAGAACUACUACGUCACCUACUCGUCCAUCCUGUACAGACAGACGCAGUCAGGUCGGGCCUGGUACAUUGGCAUCAACCGAGACGGGCAGGUCAUGAAGGGGAACCGUGUCAAGAAGACAAAGGGAGCUGCACAUUUUCUACCUAAACUCAUUGAAGUGGCCAUGUAUAGGGAACCGUCCCUGCACGACGUCGUUGAGCAGAGUCCACCCAGGAAGACGCCCAAGACAUCCAGUGACUCGCCUGUGCUCCAGAAUGGCAAGAAAGACACUGAAACCAAAACGAAAACUUCAUCUUCCUAGCGCUUACAGACAAACAGUGGAGGGAAGAAGCCCCCCAAAGGACACCUGAACAGAGUUGCCAGAUUAAGGAUCCCUUUGAGACUCUUUGGCUACUAUAGCGGGUACAAGGCCUCAAAACAAUAAUUGCUGUCCACUUUCAUGUCCGAACCUCGGUGUGAAAAAAAAUUGUGAAGCAAUAACUUCAAGGAGAGGCAUCAUAAUCUGGAAGAGGUGAAUCCAGGGUUUCCCCUUAAUGUAUUUGAUUGUGUCGGUGCGCCACGGCAACAUAGCCACAACACCUUAAAAAUUUGGAGUUUUACAGGAAAACAAAAUAAAAUAAUACAAUGUGUUGUAGCGUCCAUAAGAAGACACACUAAGUUUGAUGCUCUUUUUAGCUUUUAUUGCCAAUUUUAUGCUAACAACGGGCCCAAUUCCAACAAGCAUUUCCUCCGUGCACACACAUCUGUCUCUGUACACACAACAACACUUUGACAUUCUCCGCCAACACUGUAUGUUCACAGACCAUGGGAAAAAUUAACAUCAUAACACACUAACAUACACAUUAACACCAGCAGGUAUUUACAGUUUGAAUGGAUAUAUAUAGUCUAUUAGUUGUGCACUAUUGAUUAGUGAUGCACCGAAAAUAUGGCUGCCAAAAAACUACAUACUUUGAUCACCGGAACAGCUCAGUCAAAACCAAAUGUGAUGUCAUAAGCGAUACGCACAGGAUCGUCUGGAUCGGAGGAAGCAUGUCCGUAAUGUUGACAUACUUUAAUAUAUCCAAGAUAUACAGUGAUCUACAAAAUUUAAGAUGACAGUGGCGGCUUUUAAGGAGUGGAAGGCUCCACGCUGCGCAAAGCAAGUGUGACGUCAGGUUUGCUGCAAUCCAAAAAUAGUUAUUGAAUUUGUUAUUCUUAUAGCUAGACCUGUGUGUUUAUUUCCGUACCUGACAGCUUCGGCUACAACUGUUGCCUUAAUUAGAGGUUGUCACGUGAUGAAGGCAACAGUUGUAGCCGAGAGGGUCAGGUACGGAAAUAAACACACAGGUCCGGCUAUAAGAAUAACAAACUGAGACUCACUGCAGUUCGCUUUUUGUCGCAGACAAAGAGCGACAAAAGAAUCUCUAAACAUGAGUACAGUUUACAAAAACACCAGGAAUAAAUGCUAGCUUUGUGUUUGAUUUUAAUUAAAAAAAGGACUAAAAGGAUUGGAGAAAUCUCUGGAAAAAAAAUAUUCUCAACCAAUUACAUUGUACAAUUGAAAAAUAGUGCAAAACGAUAUUUAAGAAAAACAUUUUCAUAUAAUUAUUAAAACAUUUUCAAUGUAUGUAUACAUUGUGUUGCCUUUUUAAAGAAAAUAUAUGCAUCAUCGCAAAUAAUGUAAUGGCGUCAUAUUGACCACGUCCCUAGCCAUGCCCCUAACAACGCCCCCACCGCCACAGAUAUCUUGGCAAUCUAGGGGAAACCCUGGAAUCAGAUGCUUUCUUGUCAUAAUCACCAACUAUAUUUCCCAUUCAGUCCAGCAGCCGAAUCUUCCUGCUGUUUCUCACAACGGGUGCAACGGUAGAAUGUUGUUUUGGUUUGACUGGUUCUACAGCCACCUGCUUCAUCCAUGCAUGUCUGAAAGUUUGACCGUAGCCCUAUUUGUGUGUAUGUGCGUGUGUGUGUGCCUGUGCGUUCCAUUUACCACUAGUCUGAUUUGAUGAGUUUGUGACAAUUUUCUACUCAGUGUUAAUGGAAUGAUCGGCAUCCGUCAACUCUUAAAUGAGAAGCGUGGAAAGCGUCCUCAGUACAUUGUGCAUUCAUACAAAUACACUUGAUACAGUAUAAAUUAUUUCCCUCACAAAUACACACAGGGCGGUGUAGUGAUAUGAAGCGUUUGACUGUUGAGGAGGAUUACAAUUAGCAGAUGAUAAAAUGGUAUACUUGUUAUAUUUGUGCUUGUAUGUUGAUGACAUGUUUGAAGCAAAAUUGCAUGACUGACACACAAAAGAUUGAGAUGAAAAACAAAUGUCUAAUUACUUAUAUAUGAAACGCUACGCUAUAUAGAUCACUUUACUUUAUUCCCCAAAUCAUGGAUACAUGUAAUGUUAGCAAUAUUUGCUCAGUGACCACGCAAGAAAGGGCAAAUUAUAAAGGCAUUUUACUUUGAAUUCAAUUAACCCAUUAAACAUUGCCAUUAUUGCUACAUUUGUUCCAUGCCAGUAAUUAUUAAAACACUACUUUCACACCCCACGGAAGCACUUAAAACCUUAAUCAAAUGGCUAAGUAGACCUUCAGGUUGCCAUGUUUGACCAGUCAUCCCCCAUGGAUCACUAAGUCCAUUAAAUGUUUGACUAUUCUUCACAAAGUAAUUACACAAAUGUUUAAUUAAACGGGGACGCUACAAGAACAGAAUUAAGACCGUCGUCAGAUACUGCUUGGAUUGCAGUGCGGAAGAUUUUACUGUGAUAGAAAAAGAAAAAAAGAGAGAGAAACAUUUCACAUAGCUCUAACUAUUUCAUUCUAAGGGCUGGGACAUCUAUGUUGCAAUAUUUUCUUAUAUAUGAUUGUUGUUUUCAGCGCUAACUUUAUUUUAAUAAAGAGGCAAUAAGCUGUAAAGGGCAUAUAGCAGCUUGUUGUUUGUGACUCAGGAGGGAAUUUUUAAGUCUAAGAAAAAAGUAUAAGAAGUGUCAGUGUAAUAAUGUAUAAUAGAAAGCAUGCAAUGAUUUUUGGAGUUUAAA